AAUAAACGCGAGUCCGACAGCGAUUCAGCACCUUGGACAGUGACAAAUAGGGCACAGUUCUACAUUGUUAGUCCUUUUUAUGCGCCUCUUGUAUAUAUUUGUAUGCCUGGAGUAAAUUCUUUUUUUCAACAAUCUCGUUUUCAUUCUGUGUGAAUGAAUUUUCAUUGUUACGUUCAUUCCAGUGUUGCUUAAGAUGAGAAAACGCCGUUUGGUUUUUCUGUCAUGCUCCUCAUUUUCAUUAUAGACAUGCACUGGCUUUUUUCUACUUCUUUUUUGUCCUUCUUCUUCUACUGUUUGCCUCGUGUACUUUCACCUUGUGAACUCAUCGCGCCGCUGUUGUACAAUGUGUCGAGUUAUUGACUCUCUUUAAUAACACAUCCAUCCAGUCAACAUCCCGGCAUAUUGCGAAGCACACUCAGACAUAGAACGCACAGUUUAGGAAUCAGAUCAAAUUCACGGGCAGCUUAAAACGGAUUCCUACUAUAACGGGUGGAUUAAAACAGAUUCCUUUUUAUCUUUUCUAUUCAUUUUGGCGGAAUUGUAAUCGUGAAACGGAGUAAAACAACAUAGCCGUGGUGUGACAGCGGUGUCGGACAGAACAAUGGAACGGCAAGUACUGAUAAUCUCCAUUUUCUGCCUCAGUUAUGUGGUCGGGCAGGUUAGCUAUUCAGUUCCAGAGGAAAUGGCGAAAGGAUCUUUGGUCGGCAAUAUAGCCCAAGAUUUAGGUUUAGAUGUCAAACGUCUUAGGUCAGGUAAAGCUCGUCUCUAUACCGGAGACAGCGUUCAGUACAUUGAGCUGAAUAGAGAAAGAGGAGUCCUCAUCAUUAAAGAAAAAAUAGACCGCGAAAUCCUGUGCAGACAGACAACGCCUUGUGCUUUACAUUUUCAAAUAACGUUAGAGAGCCCACUGGAAUUAUUCCCAGUUACGGCUGAAAUUACCGAUGUUAAUGAUAAUGCUCCCGUGUUCCAAAAGGAGGAGAGAGUGUUUGAAAUCAGCGAAUCGGCGAUCGUCGGCUCUAAGUUUAUGCUAGAAAAAGCAAUAGACCCAGAUAUCGGACUGAAUGGUCUGCAGAGAUACACUCUUAAGCCGAGUGACAAUUUUGUUCUUAAAUUGCACGCACAAAGUGAUGGAAGCAAGAAAGUAGAAAUGAUUUUACAGAAGCCAUUGGACCGAGAGAAACAAGAACAUAUAUCUUUAGUUUUGACUGCGGAAGAUGGAGGUGAACCGCAAAUGACAGGAACAAUGAAAAUCUAUGUUACCGUAUUAGAUGUAAAUGACAAUGCACCUGCUUUUAGUAAACCCGUUUAUAAAGCAAGCAUUACGGAAAACUCUGUAAAGGGAACACUUGUUACUAAGGUCACGGCUUCUGACGCAGACAAGGGCACAAAUGGAGAGGUGACCUAUGUAAUCGAAAAUAGUAUGGACACAGUUUCAAAGUUAUUUCAUAUUAAUAGUGAAGGUGAUGUGAUUUUAGAUGGUCCGAUUGACUACGAAAUUGAAAAAACUUAUAAUAUAGACAUAGAAGCAAUCGAUCAAGGUGGACUCUCUGACUCAAGUAAACUAAUCAUCGAUGUAAUUGACGUGAAUGACAAUAGACCCGUUGUAAAUAUGAUUUCAGCGUCAGGCUCAAUACCGGAGGACUCAGCCCGCAAGACAGUAAUAGCUUUAAUGAGCGUAAAUGACCCUGAUUCUGAAAAUAAUGGGAAAGUGAAUUGCGUGAUAAAUAAAAAUAUUCCAUUUGAAAUUAAAUUUACAUCUAACAAUUUCUAUAGUUUAGUAACAGACAGUGAUUUAGACAGAGAGAGAGCCUCUGACUAUAACAUCACUGUGACCUGCUUUGAUGAGGGAGUGCCCUCCCUCUCCAGCAGCGUCACUCUCACCUUACAGAUCUCAGACGUUAAUGAUAACCCACCUGUCUUUGACAGGAGCUCAUAUGAGGCCUACAUUGUAGAAAACAACACGCCAGGUCUCUCUAUAUUCACAGUCAAAGCCACAGACGCUGACUGGAACCAGAACGCCCGUGUUUCUUACAUACUGGAGGACUCCUCCGUUAACGGAGUGCCAGUCUCCUCAUAUGUGUCCGUUAGUGCUGAUAGUGGAGUCAUCCAUGCAGUGCGCUCUUUUGACUACGAACAGAGCAAAGAUUUCCACUUCCGCGUAAAAGCGCAGGAUGGAGGCUCUCCUCCACUCAGCAGCAAUGUGAGUGUAAAAAUAAUUAUCCAGGACCAGAACGACAACCCCCCUCAGGUUCUGUACCCAGUCCAGACUGGCGGUUCUCUGGUGGCUGAAAUGGUGCCUCGUUCAGCAGAUGUGGGCUAUCUGGUGACUAAAGUGGUGGCUGUUGAUGUGGAUUCUGGACAGAAUGCCUGGCUCUCCUAUAAACUGCAGAAAGCCACAGACAGGGCGCUGUUUGAAGUGGGCUUACAGAAUGGAGAAAUCAGAACUAUCCGCCAAGUCACUGAUAAAGAUGCUGUCAAACAAAGACUGACUGUUAUAGUGGAGGACAACGGGCAGCCCUCUCGUUCAGCUACAGUCAUUGUUAACGUGGCGGUGGCGGACAGCUUCCCUGAAGUGCUGUCGGAGUUCACUGAAGUCACCCACGACAAGGAGUACAAUGAAAACUUGACUUUUUACUUAGUCUUGGCUCUGGCUGUAGUUUCCUUCCUCUUCAUCACGUGUUUAGUGGUUAUUAUAUCAGUCAAAAUCUACAGGUGGAGACAGUCUCGCAUCCUGUAUCACUCCAACCUCCCUGUCAUUCCAUAUUAUCCACCACGUUACUCAGACACUUUGGGGACAGGGACUCUGCCACAUGUGUACAAUUACGAGGUGUGCAGGACGACUGACUCCAGAAAGAGUGACUGUAAGUUCGGCAGAGCUGGUAGUCAGAACGUGCUAAUUAUGGACCCCAGUUCUACAGGAACGAUGCAGCGGAUACAGAGUGAAAAGAGCAUCCUGGAUGAACCAGACUCUCCUCUAGAGAUCUCAGACGUUAAUGAUAACGCACCUGUCUUUGAGAGGAGCACAUGUGAGGCCUACAUCGUAGAAAACAACACACCGGGUCUCUCUAUAUUCACAGUCAAAGCCACAGACGCUGACUGGAACCAGAAUGCCCGUGUUUCUUACAUACUGGAGGACUCCUCCGUUAACGGAGUGCCAGUCUCCUCAUAUGUGUCCGUUAGUGCUGAUAGUGGAGUCAUCCAUGCAGUGCGCUCUUUUGACUACGAGCAGAUCAAAGAUUUCCACUUCCGCGUAAGAGCACAGGAUGGAGGCUCUCCUCCACUCAGCAGCAACGUGACUGUGAAAAUAAUGAUCCAAGACCAGAACGACAACCCCCCUCAGGUUCUGCACCCAGUCCAGACUGGUGGCUCUCUGGUGGCUGAAAUGGUGCCUCGUUCAGCAGAUGUGGGCUAUCUGGUGACUAAAGUGGUGGCUGUUGAUGUGGACUCUGGACAGAAUGCCUGGCUCUCCUAUAAACUGCAGAAAGCCACAGACAGGGCGCUGUUUGAAGUGGGCUUACAGAAUGGAGAAAUCAGAACUAUCCGCCAAGUCACUGAUAAAGAUGCUGUCAAACAAAGACUGACUGUUAUAGUGGAGGACAACGGGCAGCCCUCCCGUUCAGCUACAGUCGUUGUUAACGUGGCGGUGGCGGACAGCUUCCCUGAAGUGCUGUCGGAGUUCACUGAGUUGACACAUGACAAGGAGUACAAUGACAACCUGACUUUUUACUUAGUCUUGGCUCUGGCUGUAGUUUCCUUCCUCUUCAUCACGUGUUUAGUGGUUAUUAUAUCAGUCAAAAUCUACAGGUGGAGACAGUCUCGCAUCCUGUAUCACUCCAACCUGCCUGUCAUUCCAUAUUAUCCACCACGUUACUCAGACACUUUGGGGACAGGGACUCUCCCCCAUGUGUACAAUUACGAGGUGUGCAGGACGACUGACUCCAGAAAGAGUGACUGUAAGUUCGGCAGAGCUGGUAGUCAGAACGUGCUGAUAAUGGAUCCCACUUCUACAGGAACAAUGCAGCAGAUACAGAGUGAAAAAAGCAUCCUGGAUGAACCAGACUCUCCUCUCGAGUUUUGA